UCACUAUCGAUCAAGGGAGUUCUUAGAAUCAACACGCUAAAAUGGUUGAUUUUAUUUUUUUAAUUUUAUGCAUUAGUGAGGUGGCAUUGGCCAGUUAUCAUGAGCAAUAUAGAAUUCCUCAUGCCACAUCAGAUCGUUGGGAAAGUUAUUAUUUCAAUGAAAAGGAGUAUAUCAUGCAAAAUUUACCAGUUAACUGGGAAAAUGCGAAGAUAAUAUGCAGAGGGCAUCACAACGGAUCCUUAGCAACCAUUGACACCAAAGAUAAAGCAGAAUUUCUGGCUGAGGCUCUUUCAGAGUUGCAGUUCUCUAUCGAAUCGGUGUGGGUUGGUGCAAGACGAGACUCUGCUGACGACCCUGAGGGAUAUCGCUGGAGCAACAGCGUUGAGCUCAGAAGAACGGCUGCCGAUGUUCUGAACAAUGAAGACCAGACCAUUAACUUCAAACAUUAUCCAAUGUGGUUGAAUCGAACACACAUCCCCGUGAACGAAGGUGGAGCGGAUUGUGUAGCUGUGGAAAGGGUCAACCAUGACAAACCAGUCUUCUUGGAUCUUCCCUGCCAUCUUGAUCGGCCAUUCGUCUGUGAGAAAGAUGCUCACAUUGAAGUUCGCGUGCAAGAGCUAAGAAGUGUACGGUGCCGUAGCGGCUUAUAUCACGUUUUCGAUGGACGCCUUGAUUGGCACCAAGCUGCCGCUUACUGCGUCUUGAACAAAAUGACAUUGGCAAAUAUAGCUACCGCCAAGUGUUUGAAGAAGUUGGGCUUGACAAUGCUGAAGUCUAGACCGAGUAUUGAAAGUGCUUGGGUGGGUGCGAAAGGAGCUUUAGGUAGAUGGACAUGGAUUGAUACAGGACUCAGCAUUUUUGCGUCUACACCUUACAUCGAUGUUCGGAACGCAGUAUGGCCGCCCAUGAGGCACAACACCAUAAAACAAAAUGGCUGCCUCCAACUGGACCGACAUGCCACCCAUUCACCCGUAUUUAUGGAAGCUAGAUGUGAAAGGAAGAUGCAGUUCAUAUGUUACCAAGCGACAGGUAUUACAGCUCUUCGGUCUACAUUACCACCAGCAAGUGACGAUAACUUCUACUAUAUUUUGGUCAGACAGCUUCUCUACUGGCAACACGCAUUCGAGAACUGUCAAAGAAUGAACGGCACGCUUGCCAGUGUUGAUAACAAUGAUGUGCUGAUACAGCUGCUUCUUGUAAUGGGAGAAAAUAAGGACGAACCCGUGGAACAUAUUUGGAUAUCUGGCCAUCUGAACAUGACGAAAGACCCUGUGAGUGAUGUAACUGCCUAUUCCUGGUGGAACCCGGCCACUUCUAAACGUGUACCUGAUCCUAAAGGAGACUUUCCUGGACUAUACAUGCCGCCGUGGCUGGAGGAAGACUUUACAAUGGAUAGUCCAUGCCUGAACCUCGACAGACAAGACCAUCUAAACGGUUUGGUGUAUGGACUUCCGUGUGACACUCCGCAAUAUUCCGUUUGUAUGGUCGAAAAAUCGGGAGCUAAGGCAGUGACGGAAACAAUUCAUGAAGCAUUUGAGACCGAAUCAACUAAAGAGACUUAAAACACAGAUGAAAUCAUAAACGACCAUAAUAUAUUUAUAUGUGUAAAUGUAAAUUUUAUUGCUUAAUUUAAUUGAAUAA